UUAAACCUGUAGGAAAUGGACCUCAGUUGUUCCUCUGUGAAAGUUCUGCUGUUCCUCAUGAAUGGUUUUCUUCAGACGUCAGCAGUCACGCACUCACUGCAGUACCUCUACACUGCCAUCACACCACAAAUUAAUUUCCCAGAGUUUAGUGCUGUUGGUCUAGUGGAUGGAGGACAGUUUGUAUAUUAUGACAGUAACAUCAGGAAGAUGAUCCCAAAGACAGAGUGGAUACGAUCAGAUAAGAUCAGUGCUUAUGAUUCAGAUUACUGGAAAAGAGAGACGGAGCGUUCAAGAAGUGACCAUGAGGAUCUCCAUCAUCUUUUGCAUACUGUAAUGAAAAGCUUUAAUCACACUCAAGGAGUUCACACAUUCCAGAGGAUGUACGGUUGUGAGCUUCAUGAUGACGGAACCGUUGGAGGAUACAAUCAGUUUGGUUAUGAUGGAGAAGAUUUCAUCAGUCUGGAUCUAAAAACUGGAAGCUGGACUGCAGCUAAACCACAAGCUGUGAUCAUCAAGAACCAGUGGGAUUCUACAGGAGCUCAGGGUCAAUACUGGAAGAGUUACCUGGAGACGGAGUGUAUCGAGUGGGUAAAGAAGUUAGUGUCUUAUGGCAGAGAGACUCUGGAGAGGAAAGUUCGUCCUGAGACGUCACUGUUCCAGGAAGAAGCCUCUUCUCCAGAGGUGGUGUGUCACGCUACAGGUUUCUUCCCCAAAGCAGUGAUGGUCUCCUGGAGGAAGAAUGGAGAAGAGGUGCAUGAGGACGUGGAUCUCAGAGAGACGUUACCCAACCAGGAUGGAAGCUUCCAGAAGAGAAGCAUUCUGAAAGUCCCAGCUGAGGAGCUGCAGAAACACACCUACACCUGUGUGAUUCAGCACAGCAGCUUGGAGAAGGAGUUAGUGCUGCAUGUGAGGAACGAGCGUCGAAUCCUGAGCGUUUAUCAGGUCUUUCCUGUUUUGUUCAUCACUCUGAUUGUGGGGUUUGGUGUUGUGAUUCUUCUCAUUUUCCUGAUCUGCACCAAUAAAAGGUGUUAAGCAAGAAGAGAAUCAGAUCCUUAAGAGGAGAGGAAAUUAUGAUGAUGAUUAUGAUGAUGAAAAGGAUUAUUCCUAUGUUAUGUAUUCUUCUGUCAGUCAGUGAGGCAGGGUAAUGUGUGUACAACAUUUUGCACACUGUUUAGAAAUGAUUAGGAACCUUGAAACUGGUGAACGU